UAACCGUGGAUGAGGGAAAGGAGAUAAGAUCUGUAAUGAAUAAGCAGGAACUUUGAAGACUCAGUGACUCACCUCUCCCACAGGUACCAUGAAGGUCUCCGUGGCUGCCCUCGCUGUCAUCCUCGUUGCUACAGCCCUCUGCGCUCCUGCAUCUGCCUCCCCACAUGCCUCAGACACCACACCCUGCUGCUUUGCCUACAUUGCCCGCCCACUGCCCCGUGCCCACAUCAAGGAGUAUUUCUACACCAGUGGCAAGUGCUCCAACCCAGCAGUCGUCUUUGUCACCCGAAAGAAUCGCCAAGUGUGUGCCAACCCAGAGAAGAAAUGGGUUCGGGAGUACAUCAACUCUUUGGAGAUGAGCUAGGAUGGAGAGCCCUUGAACCUGAACUUACACAAAUUCGCCUGUUUCUGCUUGCUCUUGUCCUAGCUUGGGAGGCUUCCCCUCACUAUCCUACCCCACCCCCUCCUUGAAGGGCCCAGAUUCUACCACACAGCAGCAGUUAUAAAAACCUUCCCCAGGCUGGAUGUGGUGGCGCAUGCCUGUAAUCCCAACACUUUGGGAGACCAAGGUGGGUGGAUCACUUGAGGUCAGGAGUUUGAGACCAGCCUGGCCAACAUGAUGAAACCCCAUCUCUACUGAAAAUACAAAAAUUAGCCUGGCAUGGUGGUGCAUGCCUGUAAUCCCAGCUACUCGGGAGGCUAAGGCAGGAAAAUCGUUUGAACCCAGGAGGUGGAGGCUGCAGUGAGCUGAGAUUGUGCCACUUCACUCCAGCCUGGGUGACAGAGUGAGACUCCGUCACAACAACAACAAAAAAAGAAGCCUCCCCAUCUAAAGCCUAGAAGAGCUUCUGAGGCGCUGCUUUGUCAAAAGGAAGUCUCUAGCUUCUGAGCUCUGAAGCCCCUUGGCUUUGCCAGGGCUCUGUGACCAGGAAGGAAGUCAACGUGCCUCUAGAGGCAAGGAGGGGAGGAACACUGAGCUCCUAAGCUUCCAUCUUAACCCCUCAGAGGAGCUUAUCGGCAAACAUGAAAAAUCGGCUUUCCAUUAAAGUUCUCAGUGCAACUAUAAA